GCAGCGCGCACUCGCUUCAUGAAUGAGAGCUGCAGACACCAGCAGCGAGAGCACGCCAGGGCUGUUCAGAUGAGAUGUCGUUUUAGGUCAGUAGCAUAUGCAAUAAGCUUUACACAACUUUUAACGAGGCGAAUUUCAGAGCUUUUGUCUCGAGCGUCACGCUGAAGGCGCGUAUCUGGACACUAUGCAUUGCCAAGCAGAGCUGAGACUCGCGAGCAGCGCGCAGCUGAAAGCAGUCAGAAGACGAUACAAGACUUUCAUGAUCGACGAGAUCCUCUCCAAGGAAACAUGUGAUUACUUCGAGAAACUUUCUCUUUACUCGGUUUGCCCCUCUUUAAUCGUCAGACCCAAACCUCUGCACUCAUGCCCGGGCUCUACCCCUCUGAGGUCGUACCCUCUCCUCUCCGUGAUCACACACCAGCAGCCUCAGUCUCCACACCUGCCCCUUCUCUCACCCCAACACCCGGUCAGCUCAGAGCCCGCGCACAGCGAGACCCCCGUCAGCAUCAGCAGCGAGUCCGAGACGGAGCACUCCGCCCCGCGGCUCAAGAAACCCCGCCGCAGCCGGACCAUCUUCACGGAGCUGCAGCUCCUGGGCCUGGAGAAGAAGUUCCAGAAGCAGAAAUACCUCUCCACUCCCGACAGAUUGGACCUGGCUCAGUCUCUGGGACUCACUCAGCUCCAGGUGAAGACAUGGUACCAGAACAGACGCAUGAAAUGGAAGAAAAUGGUGCUAAAAGGAGGACACGAGGCUCCCACCAAGCCUAAAGGCCGACCCAAGAAGAACUCCAUCCCGACCACGGAGGAGAUCGAGGCCGAGGAACGGCUGGCGGCCAAACUGGUGGAGGAGGAGAAACAUGUGGAGAACAACGAGGUCUUCCAAUCUCAACCUCAAGAUCUCAGUUCAUGCGCUACAUCUAGCGAAUCAGAAACCCCGGCGCUAGAACAGGCUCCGUCAGAAGAAAUGACCACCAGCUAAACACAGCCAUGCGGAUGCACAACCAAAGACAGCUACUGAAAGACUGAGGCACCAAACAGUAUAGGGGUGCUUUAGACACAAACAAAACGUCAAACCAAACCAACCGAUUUCACAAAAAAAGAUGCUUUUGCUGGUGUUCAAUGAUGAAACAAUCACCAGCGGUUACAUCCAUCCACCAAGGAUCACGGUGGCCCAUUUGUUUGCUGAUUUUGUCGUCUCAUGGAGGCAGUGUCCAAAUACUUUCCACUACAUGUGGCGAUGCAGUGAUUGUAACAUUGCUUUAAAUGUUUCUGUCACACAGCUGCCUUUCUGAAAUGUAUUUUAUAAACCAUUUUAUAAUAUGCUGCCAGAUCGCACAGACUCACCGGUACAGCGCCUUCUAUAUGAACAAACAGUAAGUGUUUCUCUCUCUCUCUCCCUGUAAAUAGUGCCUGUUUAAUUGCGCCUGUAGUUUACAGUGCACCUGUGUACUGUAGCUUGGGAUUCUGUGCCAAAACACAUAUAUUUGAAUAGCUGAAGUGCCCUUUGAGGUAUUUUUUCCUUUUUUUACACAUCCAUGAAGCUGCUGCCAUUAAAAGUUAAUAGGACGGGUUAGUAUGAUGAAUACCAGUGUAAACAUGUAGAGAGUUCUGGAUUUCACGUGAGAAAAUGUGGCUCUUUUUAAAGCAGGAUUGUCCAGUUUGGGUAAAGAUUAGCUUUAUCCAUUCAACAUCUCGAUGGAUAAAGAAUCUGUCAGCUUAUACAGAAAAAGAACAUAAAUUUUGAGAAAACAUUAAAGGGAAUAUUGAUUUAAGUAAAGCUUCCAAAGUGCCCACUCUCUUCCAAACGACAAUGUGUUUUUCCUUUUCUAUUUGCAGAGAAAAGGAGUUUCUUUUGUUCGUUUUAUGCGUGACAUGCUUCGACUACAUUGUAUUUCAACCGUAUCCUUUCUUCAAAUCACUUUUUUUGUGUGUGUGUGUGUAUAACCUUUGCACGACCAUUUAGUACUAUUCUUUGAGGCUGAAACACAUGAUAUAUGAACUCCCAGAUGGAGCAUGCUGGCUAUUGUAUGCUUCUUCCCAUUUCAUUCCCUUUGAAUGAAAUAAAAACAACAAAAAUGUUUCCCCCCUCUGUGGUGUGGCGCAGUAUGACACCACUAAGUGCAGGCUGGUUUUAUUACUGUAAGAAAAACCACUUAAUCUGUCAGGGACGCAAAGCAAUUAAUAAAUCAAACUCGAACUAGUAAAAAAAAAAGAACCAAGAAAAACGAAAAUCUGCGGGACAUGUCGAAGCCCGCGGGAGCUCGGCACAUGCCUACAUCUGACUGACGGCCCACUAAUACAUCACAGCCUCUUCUACCUUGCAUGUCAUAAGCUCUUUCAAACCAAUGUUGCCUUUUGCAAAGAUUUUAUUUGUAUAGUUUUUUUUUUCUGUGUUUGGCUAACAACAAAUAUCGAAAAUAUAUUCCUUCUUUGAUAUAAAAAAACACUAUUUUUCUGGUGUACAUACUGAAUUGUAUUGGGUGACUAUACCUUUGUUUUUGGAGGAGAAGACUAUAUAGAUAGAUAUUUGAGGAGAAUCCUUUUUCACCCGAACGUUAUGUCAUUUUUAUUGUGUGUGUGUGUGUGUGUGUGUUUGCAUAUUUAAUAACAUUUAAUAAAGAUGCCAUUAAUUUUGGAGGUCUGAUAUGAUGAUUUCAUGUAAAAAAAUGUUACUAUGAAGCUGUUUUCACUGAGA